AUGGGGCUCUUCAGUCGGUCUAACAAAGCGAAGAAGGAGUCGCCAACACUUGCACCCAGCAGCCAUAGGGGGGUGUUUCCCCAGAACCCUUUGCCAACAGCACCUCCAACACAUGUGUCUCGAAGCUGGUUUCCUGGCGAUGCAUCCCAACCACAAGCACCCUUCCAGUCAGCCGGCCUUCUUCCUCCGCCUGUAGGAUGGACGCCACACCCCCCAGCUCUGUUCCACCAGCCGGCAGUCUAUUCGCCGCCCAUCAUUGUGAACCAGCACCACUAUUAUCUUGGCCCGCCUGCAAACGGCCGAACUGCCAGCAAACUGAACCUCGGGUCGGUGGUGGACCUGGCUAAGGAGAUUUGCCCAAACUCCAACUUUCCCCCGAUUUUUGACGACGGCCUUCCUCGAUGGCAUGGCUACAGCAGCCAGCUUCUAAACCAAAGCGCUGCCAUGGCGGACCAAAUAUCGAGCCGAUUCAACGACGUCGUGACACUGAUUGACUGUGAGCGGUAUGCCGGGAACGAAGGCGACCUCUUCACCUGGCAGCCAGGCUACGAGCAGCAACUGCCAACGGAUAUGAAUGUAGGAGAUAAAGGGCUGCUGAAGCCCGGAAAGAAGAACCUGGCAAAAGGCCAACCAAAGGGACAAACAACAGCUGUAGCUGCGUCGGUCAUGUCGGGCAGUUUCUUUGCCAAGGUUGAUCUCUACUCGAACUCUAAGCUGCCAAUGAACCUACCUCCCUUACGACUGUAUAUCCCAACAUACCCGCUUCUCUGCCUGGCCGCCCGGUAUUCGGAGCGCGUAUAUGAAAGACUCACGGGUGCCGAGAGAGACGCGCACGUUGACGCAGAUUGGCGAACAGGCAGCAAAGCCAUGGUGAUCAAGUCGGUUCCUAUGGACUACAUGAACACCAUCGUCUUUGCCAUUCGCGGCACAGCGACCUUUAUGGACUGGGCUGUCAACCUCAACACGGCACCGGCGUCGCCUGCUGGUUUUCUGGAUGAUCCCGGCAAUUUAUGUCAUGCCGGAUUUCUGAGCGCCGCUCGGAAAAUGAUCUCACCCGUCGCGCGGCGCCUACGUCAACUACUCGAAGAGGAUCCCGGACGUGCCUCGUACUCGCUGCUUAUUACAGGCCACAGCGCCGGGGGUGCUGUUGCGGCCCUCCUUUACAGCCACAUGCUUGCCACGUCCAAAGCCGCGGAGAGCGAACUGAACAUCCUGACAGGAUGUUUCAAGCGAGUCCACUGCAUUAUAUUCGGCACCCCACCGGUGAGCCUGAUGCCUCUCACCAAACCGGAGGACUACGAUAGCCGCCCGCAUCUGAAGAAGAGUCUAUUCUUGAGCUUCAUAAACGAGGGAGACCCCGUCGCGAGGGCAGACAAGGCAUAUGUGCGGAGCCUUCUGGAGCUAUUUGCUGCACCUGCGCCGACUGUCGGGACCAACAAGAAGGAGCCAUCCAGCAAAAGAGCAAGCUGGACAAAAUCAACAACAGGCACGCCGAAAAACAUUGCAACCCCCGGCCCAGUCUGGAAGGUUCCGCCUAGCACUUUGAGCAGCGCGGGCCGCAUCGUUGUGCUGCGGUGUGGCGAUCCCAACGCGAGGCUGAAGGGAAAGAAGACGGUCGAGGAGCGGCUCAACGAGGGCGUAGUGGCACAAAUCGCGACUGACGAGCAGCUCCGAGAGGUAAUAUGGGGUGACCCCGUCUGCCAUGUGAUGCGGCUCUAUGCCGGAAGAAUCGAGACGCUGGCUGUCGGAGCUGUCACGGCCAAGGGUUACUGAAUGACCCAGCGAACGCUUAGUGGAGAAGAGGAGGAACAUAGGGCCAUGAAUUAUGACACUGGAUGGCGUUUUGGAUUUGACUUGUUUGCACAAGCUGGAGAUGAUACCACUUGGGAAAGUUUGCUCUUGCCUUGGAACGGCCAAGUUUUCCAGUCAUCUACCUUAAGUAUCCGUACCCUAGAUAAGGUAACUAGCUGGCUUUGGAAUGCAUGUAUAUCCGUGCAUGUUUAUGAUAACGAAGCAUCAUCGUCGCCUUGUAGGUGGUUUUGAUCUCACUUGCGGGUUCGGCUAGCACGGGGAAGCCCUGCCCAGCUUACAGGGCUGAGGUUCCCCUUUUGUUGCGUCGCGACAAGGCUGCCAGCUUCUAUGGACUUCCCCUCCGCGGACCACUAACCCCAC